GAAGUUUCAAGCCUUGAUAUCUUCUCUUCCAUAUAAACAAACCUCUUUCAAACAGUGGCAACACUUUUUCUAUCUUAGUUCUUGAAAGUAUUCGAAAAAGACCAAAAUGUCAACAGAGAAGCCACCGUUGGCCUCCGAUUUAGCUCGGACACGGUCUGAACAGCUAUAUGAGACGGUGGCCGCUGCCAUCAAAUCACCUCACGGCUCCAUGGACGCUAAUGGUGUGCCUGCCACGUCUCCGGCGGCCAUCAGUGGUGGAGGAGGGACGUUGUCGCGAAAAUCUAGCCGGAAACUGAUGAUGGGGGCGUCUCCGGGUAGGAGUGGAGGAGCCGGGACACACAUAAGGAAGUCUAGGAGUGCUCAGCUUAAGCUCGAGCUAGAUGAGGUGAGCAGCGGUGCGGCGCUGAGUCGUGCGUCGAGUGCGUCGCUCGGGCUUUCGUUUUCGUUCACCGGUUUCGCUAUGCCGCCGGAGGAAAUAUCCGACUUCAUACCAUUCAGCGACGACGAGAUGAUAUCGGAAUACAAUGAUGCGGGAAACAAGAAGCCUAAGUUUCAAGCAGAACCAACAUUGCCCAUCUUUCUCAAGUUCAAGGAAGUUACAUACAAAGUGGUGAUAAAGAAAUUGACAUCAUCGUUAGAGAAAGAGAUAUUGAGUGGAAUAAAUGGGAAUGUGAAUCCUGGUGAAGUUCUUGCUCUAAUGGGUCCUUCGGGGAGUGGCAAAACAACUCUUCUUAGCUUACUCGGCGGUCGAAUCUCUCAAUCUGCCAUCGGAGGCUCUAUUACUUACAACAACAAGCCUUACUCUAAGUACUUGAAAAGCAAGAUUGGAUUUGUGACUCAAGACGAUGUUCUGUUUCCUCAUCUUACCGUGAAAGAAACGCUAACCUACGCUGCUCGUUUGCGUCUACCUAAGACUCUUACAAGAGAGCAGAAGGAGCAACGAGCUAUAAGUGUUAUCCAAGAACUAGGUUUAGAGAGGUGCCAAGACACUAUGAUUGGUGGAGCAUUCGUGCGAGGUGUAUCGGGUGGAGAGAGGAAAAGAGUCUCUAUCGGAAACGAAAUCAUUAUCAAUCCCUCUCUGUUACUUCUUGAUGAACCAACUUCAGGUUUAGAUUCCACCACUGCUCUAAGAACCAUCCAGAUGCUCCACGACAUAGCCGAGGCGGGGAAGACAGUGAUCACAACGAUACAUCAGCCCUCGAGUAGACUCUUCCAUAGAUUCGACAAGCUGAUACUGUUGGGAAGAGGAAACCUUCUCUACUUUGGGAAAUCAUCAGAAGCUUUGGAUUACUUCUCUUCCAUUGGAUGCUCUCCUCUCAUCGCCAUGAACCCCGCAGAGUUCUUGCUUGAUCUCGCCAACGGUAACAUCAAUGACAUCUCUGUGCCUUCUGAGUUGGAUGAUAGAGUUCAAGUUGGGAUCUCAAACAGAGAAUCUCAAACUGGCAAGCCAUCUCCUGCUGUUGUUCAUGAGUAUCUGGUGGAGGCAUAUGAGACUAGGGUUGCAGAACAGGAGAAGAAGAAACUGACUGAUCCUGUGCCACUUGGAGAAGAAGAAGCUAAGGCUAAAGCUCUGCGUCUGAAGAGACAAUGGGGAGCGAGCUGGUGGGAGCAAUACUGCAUACUGUUCUGUAGAGGACUCAAAGAGAGGCGACAUGAAUACUUCAGCUGGUUGCGUGUUACACAAGUUCUUGCCACAGCUGUGAUUUUAGGUCUUCUCUGGUGGCAGUCUGAUAUUCGGACUCCAAGCGGACUACAAGAUCAGGCCGGUUUGCUCUUCUUCAUAGCGGUCUUUUGGGGUUUUUUCCCUGUUUUCACAGCUAUUUUUACGUUUCCUCAAGAGCGGGCCAUGCUCAAUAAGGAGAGAGCAGCGGAUAUGUACAGAUUAAGUGCAUACUUCUUAGCUCGGACCACGAGUGAUCUCCCUCUCGACUUCAUUCUACCUUCUCUCUUCCUUCUCGUGGUCUACUUCAUGACAGGUCUUCGUCUCAGCCCCUACCCAUUCUUCUUGAGCAUGCUCACGGUUUUCCUUUGCAUCAUUGCAGCUCAGGGACUUGGACUUGCUAUUGGUGCAAUUUUAAUGGACCUAAAGAAGGCAACGACUUUGGCUUCAGUAACUGUCAUGACAUUUAUGCUUGCUGGAGGAUUCUUUGUUAAGAAAGUACCAGUGUUCAUCUCGUGGAUACGUUACCUAUCCUUCAAUUACCACACCUACAAGCUUCUACUUAAAGUUCAAUAUCAAGACUUUGCUCAAUCUAUCAACGGGAUGAGAAUAGGCAAUGGAGUUACUGAAGUGGUUGCACUGGUUGUCAUGAUUUUUGGUUAUCGCCUCCUUGCUUAUCUGUCUCUGAGGCAAAUGAAGAUUACAACAUAACCCAUUUUGCGCAAGAAAAAUAUAACUAAGCACUAAUAUAUGAUUCAAGAAAAGGAUAAGCAUAAGUUUUGUUUGCAUUC